UCUCUAAGAGUUUUUGAUUGGAUGGUGAAGAUAGUGUAUUAUAUGUUGUUCCACGUCUGAGUUCUAUUGCUUUUUUUUUUUUAAGUGUUAUGCUUUUCUCUGAUAGGCAUUUGAGUCAAUUUUGGUUUAGUUUGAUCAUCUUAAGACUUGUUUUCAGGUUUUGAUAGGGUGGUCCCAGAAUACCUUUAACUCAAGGGUUCAUUAAUCCCCAUUACUAAGACUUGGCCCUUCUGAUGUCUAAAUUCAAUUCUCCAGGGAAUCAAUUUGGAUUCUCUAGUCUUGCUGGUAGGAACUUCAAUAAUCCUCAGUCCUUUGUAGGUCUUGGAACCAUUCGGUCCACAGCUUUCCAAUAACUUUUUACCCAACCUCAUGAAAUUUUACCCUUUGCGCCCAUGUAUUAAAAAUCAGCAUAGGUUCAAAAGACCCCUAAGCAGAUUUCUAAGUUCUUUUUCUGCACAACUCUUGUCCCAAGAAAUCUGUGUCUCAAAUUCCAGCCUCCUCAGGUGCUCUGAUCUCUGUCACUCUCUCCUCCACUCAUUAAGGUCACUGUCUCUGCUCAUAAUACCUCCUUCCCACCCUCUCUCUACAGUUCUAUGACCUGAAAUAUUUUUUUCAAUCAGAAAGCUGAAGCUGUCCUAGGUUUUACUUCCUUUUUCUCUUAACUCUCAGAUAUAAUGGCUGUCCACUGCCUGUGGUUGAAUGUCAAAAAACAGUUGCUUCAUCUAUAUUUGCUUGGUUUCCUAGUUAUUUGAAUCAGGAGGGUUAAAUUUAGACACAGUUAUUUCAUCAUGGCUGAAAGUGGAAAUCCUUCUUCAAUUGAUUGAAACUAAAUAUCACACCAUGAGUUGAGGCUUGAUUUCUACAGAAUGUCGAAACGAUAAUGUACAUUACAACAAAUUAUUAUAAACACUGAAUUUCUAUGGAAAUUGGAAAGUCAGUCUCUGUGAAAAAAAUUAGAUAGAUUUAAGGUAACUAAGAGUCAUUAAUUAGAAUUCCACAACUGGCAGUUUGGAGUUACAGUUAUGAGAGUCAUCCACAUGGAUUCAAAGAUAGCAUAUUGACAUUCACAGUGAGGAUUCAGAGGACAGCUGUACCCUCAUAUUAAGUUUGAUGGAGGGAGGGCCACUGUCAAAGGAAGACCACCAGGCUCUGUAAACCAUGAGUCUGACCUAAUCCAACAAUUCUUAUGUUUGCAUUUUAACCAACAUAUCCCUGUCCAGGAAAUAAAAUGUCAACUGAUUAAAACACAGUGAGCCAACCAUGACUGGCAAAACGCAGACCAGCAAUGUCACCAAUAAGAAUGACCCCAAGUCCAUCAACUCUCGUGUCUUCAUUGGCAAUCUAAAUACAGCCAUUGUCAAGAAAGUCGACAUUGAAGCCAUUUUUUCAAAGUAUGGAAAGAUAGUUGGAUGCUCCGUUCACAAAGGUUAUGCGUUUGUACAGUACAUGAGUGAGCGGCACGCGAGAGCUGCAGUGGCUGGAGAGAACGCCAGGAUCAUCGCGGGCCAACCCCUUGAUAUCAACAUGGCAGGAGAACCCAAACCAUACAGACCAAAACCUGGAAACAAGCGGCCCCUUUCUGCACUUUACAGACUUGAAUCAAAGGAGCCUUUCCUGUCUGUUGGUGGUUAUGUCUUUGACUAUGAUUACUACAGAGAUGAUUUCUACAACCGGUUAUUUGACUACCAUGGACGUGUGCCUCCACCUCCUCGCGCAGUCAUCCCACUAAAGCGUCCCAGAGUGGCUGUCACAACAACUCGCAGGGGGAAAGGAGUCUUUUCCAUGAAAGGCGGAUCAAGAUCUGGUGCUAGUGGGUCUUCAUCGGGCUCUAAAUUGAAAUCAGAUGAGUUACAGACAAUCAAGAAAGAAUUAACCCAGAUCAAAACCAAAAUUGACUCCUUGCUAGGGCGCCUGGACAAGAUUGAGAAGCAGCAGAAGGCGGAGGCAGAAGCUCAGAAGAAGCAAUUGGAAGAGAGUAUAGAGCUGAUCCAAGAGGAAUGUGUGUCAGAGAAUGCAGAUCACUCUACAGAGGAGCCUGCUGAAGGAGGGCCAGAUGCCGAUGGAGAAGAGAUGACUGAUGGGAUAGAGGAGGACUUCGAUGAAGAUGGGGGUCAUGAGCUGUUUCUACAGAUAAAGUGAUCUGAAGUAAUGCGUGAUGCCGCAAAGCUGAAAUGAGAAACUGUGACAACCCCCAGAAAUGUGAAAGGAGGUUUCUUGUUGGAUAGCAGCAUCUUUGGUUCAAUUUAUAUAAAAACCCAAAUAAAUAAAAUGGACAGUAUUGCUAAAUUUUAGAAAUUCCAUUUCUUCUAUGUUCUAAGCUGUACAACUGUCAGGUUUUUAUGGUUUAAAUUGUAAAUGUGUUUUCCCCUUUGCUAAUUAUGUUUUUUUUUUUAAGUCUUAAAAUGUGAAAGACAUUUAUGAAUGGUAAGGGAGACACUAUAUACAAAUGUAUAUUUGUAAAAGCUAUUUUUAUGAUUAGCAUGUUUCACUGUUGAUCAUAUAUAAAGCCAGGUGAUACUGCAGUUCUAUGUUUAAAGCUUAUUUCCAACAAUGUCAUGUAAGAGAAGACACAUCUUAUGCUAGUUUUUAUAAUUUAUUUUUAAUUUAUAGUUUAAAGUAUUUCAGAUCGUAAGGGUAAAAUAUUUGAAAGAGUUAUAUUUCUGCCCUCUAUAAGCACCAUUUUUAUUAAUAAAGAAUGCAAAUAUUGCAGAUAUGUUAUAAUAGUUAAAGGACUGCUGGUUUUACCUGUGAUUAAGAUGAGCAUGCUCCACUCUACUGAACUAAAGUGAUCCAAUUAUUACCUAAUACUUCAGUCUGGGUCGGAGAUUCCUUGGACAAGUUUUAAUGGUCUUAUAGGUGAGAACUAGAUUGCCAAGGAAAUGAUUGUCUUGUCUUUGGAUCCAAAAGUUUAAAUUAGUGCAUACAUCACUUCAUUUCCUCUCCUAUUCCUAGGAAUUCUCCACUCCCAAGUAUUGCAAGUGUUUUCCAGAUGCUCUUAGCUGUUGUCUUGUGCUGUGGAAAUGGAGAAACCAUCUUCACAGACUGUAGGAGAAUUCAGCAUAUAAUUUCUUAAUAAAUACUGUUUCUUUUAAAAACGAA